AUGCAACUAUCGUGGAAAGAUAUCCCAACCGUGGCACCUGCCAAUGAUUUACUGGAUAUUGUUCUCAACAGAACUCAAAGAAAGACUCCAACUGUUAUCAGACCUGGUUUCAAAAUCACCAGAAUUAGAGCCUUCUACAUGCGUAAAGUUAAAUUUACAGGUGAAGGGUUCGUUGAAAAAUUCGAUGAUAUUAUUAAAGGUUUCCCAAAUAUUAACGAUGUUCAUCCAUUCCAUAGAGACUUAAUGGAUACUUUAUACGAAAAGAAUCAUUAUAAGAUUUCCUUAGCUGCAGUAUCCAGAGCUAAAUCAUUAGUAGAACAAGUCGCUAGAGAUUAUAUCAGAUUAUUGAAGUUUGGUCAAUCUUUAUUCCAAUGUAAACAAUUGAAAAGGGCUGCAUUGGGUAGAAUGGCUACCAUCGUCAAGAAAUUGAAAGAUCCUCUAGCUUAUUUGGAACAAGUCCGUCAACAUAUUGGUAGAUUACCAUCCAUCGAUCCAAACACCAGAACCCUUUUAAUUUGUGGUUAUCCAAAUGUUGGUAAAUCCUCUUUCUUAAGAUGUAUCACUAAGGCAGAUGUGGAAGUUCAACCAUACGCUUUCACUACCAAAUCUUUAUAUGUGGGUCAUUUCGAUUAUAAAUAUUUAAGGUUCCAAGCUAUUGAUACUCCUGGUAUCUUGGAUAGACCAACUGAAGAAAUGAAUAACAUUGAAAUGCAAUCUAUUUACGCUAUUGCUCAUUUACGUUCUUGUGUCUUAUAUUUCAUGGAUAUUUCAGAACAAUGUGGUUUCACUAUUGAAGCUCAAGUUAAAUUAUUCCAUUCUAUCAAGCCAUUAUUCGCUAACAAGUCCGUUAUGGUUGUUAUUAACAAAACUGAUAUUAUUCGUCCAGAAGAUUUAGAUGAAGAACGUGCUACUUUGUUGAAAUCUAUUUAUGAAACUCCAGGUGUCGAAGUUAUGACUUCAUCUUGUCAUUUGGAAGAAAACGUAAUGGAAGUUAGAAAUAAAGCUUGUGAAAAAUUGUUAGCUUCAAGAAUUGAAAAUAAAUUGAAAUCUCAAGCUAGAAUUAAUAACGUUUUGAACAAGAUUCAUGUUGCUCAACCCCAAGCUAGAGAUGAUAUUCAAAGAACUCCAUUCAUUCCAGAUUCUGUAAAGAAUAAUAAAAGAUAUGAUCCAGAAGAUCCAAACAGAAGAAAAUUGGCCAGAGAAAUUGAAGCUGAAAACGGUGGUGCUGGUGUUUUCAAUAUUAACUUAAAAGAUAAAUAUCUACUUGAGGAUGAUGAAUGGAAAAAUGACGUUAUGCCUGAAAUUUUGGAUGGUAAGAAUGUCUACGAUUUCUUGGACCCAGAAAUCGCUGCUAAAUUACAAGCUUUAGAGGAGGAAGAAGAAAGAUUAGAAGCAGAGGGUUUCUAUAAUUCCGACGAUGAAGAAGAAACUUUUGAAGGUUUCGAAGCAGAUGAAGUUGAUGAUAUCAAAUCUAAGGCCAAUUGGAUUAGAAACAGACAAAAGACUAUGAUUGCUGAGGCAAGAAACAGAAAAUCUCUUAAGAAUAAGGCUAUUAUGCCACGUUCUAAACUAUCGAAGUCCUUCGGUAAGAUGGAAGAACAUAUGGCUACACUGGGUCAUGAUAUGACAUCAUUACAAGAUAAGCAAAGUAUGGCCGCUCGUAAAAAUAGAUAUGUUGAAUCUGGUGCUGAUGUUGUUUUCGGUGACCAAGAAGGUGCUGCUUCUAUUAAUGCUAACGGUACUAAGUUAAGACAAUCUGAUAGAUUACUUGACGGUGUUGCUGACGGUUCAAUGAGAUCUAAGGCGGAUAGAAUACAAAAACUACAAAGAAGGGAAAGAAAUAGAAUGGCUAGACAAGGUGAAUCUGAUAGACAUGAAAGUGUAUCUUUGUUGAAGCACUUGUUUAGUGGUAAGCGUGGUGUUGGUAAGACUGAUUUCCGUUAG